AUGCAGCAGAAUCCGAGUGCCGACCCCGAUCUGCGGAGCGGUAAGCGCAAGCCGAGCGGCAAGAGGAAGCUCCCUGACCCAGUAGAGCUAUCGCAACCGCAAUCGCAGCGGACUAUCUCAGAACUGCUCGCAUCGAGUACCUCUCGCAACAACGAUCAUCAAGGCUCACUUGCCACCUCGAAACGGCCUCGCUAUUCUCUGUCUCCUUCGCGGUCUGCGUCGAGCCACACGGUAUCGCCGACCAAGAUGUACAACUUCUCCGGCUCUCCACCUAAGAACGGAGCAGCGUUUAUGCGCAGCACACCGGCGUCGAACGCCCAGACUUUUGGGGCCCCUGCCCGUCAGAAUAACUUCAGUCCACAUUCAGGCGCGAAGAAAUUAGUGGUCAAAAAUCUACGUGCCGGCCCUCGGGCGAAUCAAGAGCAAUAUUUCGACAAAACUUGGGCGCAACUGGACGCCGCGCUAUCAGCGAUCUUCAAUGGCACGAAAGCAAUCUCCUUGGAGGAAUUGUACAAGGGCGCAGAGAAUAUCUGCCGCCAAGAGAAAGCUGCGCUCCUUGCCGAGAAAGUUCAAGAGAGAUGCAAGAAUUAUGUGGCUGGAACACUUCGAGAUAACCUGGUUAAAGCCGGAGCCGGGACGGAUGUCGAUACACUGCGGGCAGUGAUCGACGCAUGGUCUGGAUGGCAUUCGAGACUGAUAACUGUUCGCUGGGUCUUCUAUUACCUUGACCAGUCGUUCCUCCUGCACUCCAAAGACUUCCCUGUCAUUCAGGAAAUGGGCUUGGUCCUAUUUCGCACUUACGUCUUCGCCGACUCGACCUUGAAACCGAAGAUUCUGCGGGGUGCUUGCGAUCUCAUUGCUGCCGAUCGGGGCGCCGAAACGAAGAUUGCGCACGACGCGACCUUACUUCGUGAUGCGAUAGAACUCUUCCACAAUCUCGAUGUCUACAGUACUGAGUUUGAGCCACUUUUCAUCACAAGCUCAGAAAAAUUCAUUGCAUCAUGGGCGCAGAGAGAAUCGACCGGGCACCUGGCCUCAUUUGUUGAGAACAGCCAUCGUCUGAUCGAACGAGAAGUUGAGCGAUGUGGACUUUUUGCCUUGAAUAGGAGCACAACGCAACGGCUCUCUGAGCUAUUGGAUGAGAUCCUGAUCACAGGGCACGAGGAGGUCCUACUCAAUGAGCAGGAGAUUCUAGGUCUGAUGCGAGCAGGAAAUCAGACGGCCUUGAAGCAGCUUUACUCCCUCCUCAGUCGGCGCGGCCUGACCCACAAAUUGAAGACCGCUCUUGGCCAUUUCAUUGUUGAGGAAGGCUCGAGUAUCGUAUUCGACGAGAAGAAUGAAGCGGAUAUGAUCGUGCGCCUUCUGCAGUUCAAGAAACAGCUCGAUGAGACACUCGUUCAGUCUUUCGAUCGAAACGAGGGCCUCGGCCACACAUUGCGAGAAGCAUUUGGCCAGUUCAUGAACCUUGGCCGCAAGGGUGAAUCUACCGGUGGCACUGAUAACCCCAAGACCGGAGAGAUGAUUGCCAAAUACGUGGACCGUUUACUGAAGGGCGGCUGGAAAAUGCCCGCUAGCCAACAGGAGGACGCCAUGGUAGAUGAGGACGCCGAGAUCAAUCGGCAAUUGGAUCAAGUGCUCGAUUUGUUCCGCUUUGUGCAAGGCAAGGCCGUAUUUGAGGCGUUUUACAAGAAUGAUCUCGCCAGGCGUCUGUUGAUGGGCCGAAGUGCAAGCGAUGAUGCCGAAAAGAGCAUGCUGGGUCGCCUGAAAAAAGAAUGUGGCUCAAGUUUCACGCUCAACCUGGAGACCAUGUUCAAGGACAUCGAAGUAGCUCGCGACGAGAUGACGGCCUAUACGGCUUUCAAUCGUGAGCGCCACCGAAAGCAUCGACCACCGGUUGAUCUCAGUGUCAACGUGCUCUCAGCCGCCGCGUGGCCCACGUACGCCGAUGUUCCCGUGCGCAUCCCUUCAAUAAUUGCCACUGCCAUCAAUAACUUCCAGGAAUUCUACUGCAACAAGCAUACAGGGCGCCGAUUGAAUUGGAAGCACCAGCUUGCACACUGUCAGUUGCGCGCUCGCUUCCCGAAAGGCUCCAAGGAAUUAGUCGUCAGUUCAUUCCAAGCUAUCGUGCUUCUCCUUUUCAAUGACGUUGAGGAGGAUGGGACACUCCGUUAUGUCGAUAUCCAAACCGCAACGGGACUCUCGGAUCCUGAGUUGAAGCGGACUUUGCAGUCGCUUGCUUGUGCCAAGUAUCGCGUUCUAACAAAGACGCCCAAAGGCAAGGAGGUCGAGACAACCGACACCUUCUCCUACAACACUGGAUUCAGUGAUGCCAAGAUGCGCAUCAAGAUCAACCAGAUUCAAUUGAAGGAGACAAAGGAGGAGAAUAAAACUACUCACGAGCGAGUUGCCGCAGAUCGGCACUAUGAGACGCAAGCAGCAAUCGUGCGCAUCAUGAAGAGUCGCAAAACGAUCAAACACGUUGAGCUCAUCACAGAGGUGAUUGAAGCCACCCGUCACCGGGGCACGCUUCAGCCAGUUGAGAUUAAAACCAAUAUUGAGAAGUUGAUCGAGAAAGACUACAUGGAGCGUAUCGAUAACAAUCAGUAUAGAUACGUGGCAUAA